AUGUCGGUUCCGAUGAUUCCCAUCGAUCCCGAAAAGCGGGACGAUAUCUACUACCGCUACAAAAUGCCUGCUAUCCAGACAAAGGUUGAAGGCAGUGGUAAUGGUAUCAAAACUGUUUUCCCAAAUAUUCAUGACGUGUGUCUCGCAAUUAAUCGUCCAGAAGAGAUUCUUAUGAAGUUCUUUCAGUCUGAAAUUGGUGCCCAGCGCACAGUGUUAGAGAAGGAUGAUAAAUUUCUUAUCAUGGGAAGUCAUACAGAGGAACGUGUUCAAGAGAAGGUUUACGAUUUUGUUCGUAAGUUCGUUCUUUGCCGUAACUGCCGUAACCCUGAAACACAGUUGUUCGUUGAGCGGGGAAAGAAGAAUGCAUCACCUAUUAGUCUUUCCUGCGGUGCUUGCGGUAAAGUCAUGCGAUUGAAUGACCUGGACCCCCGUUACGUCACCGCCCUCGUGACGUACUUUGCCAAGAAUCCGCAUUUGGUCCACAAGAAGGGCGCGGGGACGGCGGAGGCCCGCGGCGGCGAUAAUAAAGAAGCCACCGCCGCUGCCGCCGCUGGAGCUGCCGCCGCCGCCGCCGCCGUUCCAACGGCCGGAAGAGCCGUCGUUCAAAAGUCCGACUUGGAGGACACCCGCGAACCGCCGCAAGAUAUUCUUGCACGCUGUAUGCGGCAACACUCGGAACACCCGGAGGAGAUCAUGCGAUGCUGCAUGGAACUUAUGUCAUCUUACAAUCUUAAGGAAAAGAUGGGUCCCUUGCUUGUGCUUAAUGCAAUUAUAAUGGCAGAGGACGAAUUUAUGGCAGGUCUCCGACGUCACUCAAAUCUUUUGAAGCGUUUUUCCACUGUCUCUGAAGCCGCAAUGCUCGGUGGAGCUGUUGACGAGGCGGUUAAGACAGGACUAAUGAAACGUGAAAGUCAACUGCAGAACGCUACCAUUGAUGAGUGUGCCCGUCUUUGUUCAAAACGCCUAAAACCAGAUCAACUGGUGGUGAUUCUUUUUGUCCUUUUCACGGAGGGUGUGUUGAAGGACACUUCUAUUAUUGAAUGGUGUGUUAACGCCACACCCGUAUCUAAAUUGGACCCCAAAUUGGACGCAGAGAUGAAGGAAAAAUCUAAGCCGUUUGUUGAAUGGUUGAAUGCAGGAGGUAUAAAGGAGAAUGAGGAUGCGUAG